CUAUACCAUGGCUUCUCAUACCACAAACCUUCACUUUGUCUUGUUUCCUUUAAUGGCUCAAGGUCAUAUGAUACCCAUGGUAGACAUGGCCCGUAUACUAGCCCAACGUGGUGCUAUGGUUACUAUAAUCACAAGUCCAGUUAAUGCAAACCGUUUUAGAUCGGUUGUUGAUCGUGCAAUUGAAGCUGAUCUCAAGAUCCAAAUUCUUGAACUCCAACUCCCAUUAGCUGAAGUUGGUUUGCCAGAAGGAUGUGAGAAUUUUGACUUGCUGCCAUCAUCUGCACACGCGGUUAAUAUGAUCCUAGCAAUGAACAUGCUAGAAGAACCAGCAGAAAACAUGCUCAAGGUCUUAUGUCCGCCUCCAAGUUGCAUCAUCUCGGAUGGUUGUUUUCCUUGGACUAACGAUGUGGCAAAGAGGCUCAAUAUUCCCAGGGUUGUUUUCUACGGACCAGGAUGUUUCGCGUUCCUGUGUGUACACAUAGUGACAAGUACAAAUAUACUAGACGAAAUUGAUUCCGACUCAGAGUACUUUGUAAUGCCUGGCUUACCUGACCAAAUUGAAGUUACCAAACCUCAGGCUUCAACUUGGGGAAGAGGAGACACGAAAGAAUCCACCCAGGUUUUUGAACGAAUGGUGGAAGCAGAGAAAGACGCUCUAGGGAUUGUGGUUAAUAGCUUUGAGGAGUUGGAACCCAAGUAUGUUAAGGAGUUAUCAAAGGUAAAAGCUAAAAGGGUGUGGUGUGUAGGGCCGGUUUCACUAUGCAACAAAAGCUUCCAAGAUAGAGCCGAAAGAGGAAACAAGAUCGCGAUCAACAUGCAAGAUUGUUUGAAAUGGCUGGAUGCAAAAGAGUCAGGGUCCGUGAUCUACGUUUGCUUAGGAAGUCUAUCAUAUGCUUCCACUGAACAAGCCAUUGAGCUUGGGUUGGGACUCGAGUCAUCAAACAUACCAUUUCUUUGGUUCAUUAGGCAACCAAGUGAAGAAUUUGAGGAAUGGCUCUUCAAAGAGGGGUAUGAGGAACGGAUAAAAGGGAAAGGUCUAAUGGUCCGUGGUUGGGCGCCACAAAUCUUAAUAUUGUCACACCAAGCCAUCGGAGGUUUUGUAACACAUUGUGGAUGGAACUCAAGUUUAGAAGGGAUAUCAGCUGGGAUCCCAAUGGUUACAUGGCCACAAUUUGGGGAGCAAUUUCUAAAUGAACGAUUUAUCAUAAAUGUGUUGAAAAUUGGUGUGAGAAUCGGGAUGGAGGUUCCGGUUAUAUUCAAUAAGCUAGAUGAGUCAAAAGAGAUUAUGAAGAGGGAUGAUAUCAAACAAGCUAUAGAAGGCCUAAUGAAAAAUGAUGAGGAAGGAGAAGCAAGAAGGAAGAGGUGUAUGGAGUUUGCGGUAAUGGCAAAGAGCGCAAUGGAGGAAGGGGGUUCAUCUCAACGUAAUAUGACGUCGAUGAUUCAAGCUAUCAUUGAAGAAUUAGCCAAGAAAAAAACACCUGUUUAAGAUAUUGUGUAGCCAUUAUAGCUUGAAUGACCAAAUUGGUUAUAGUUCCUUUCACCUUUACUUCUGCCAUGUAAAAGGAACAUGUUCUUGUAUCUUACCCCACUUAGAGUACGACUAGUAGUGGUGCACAAAGAUUGUAUGAUCAAGAGAUAUUUACCAAAUUUCAUUAUAAAUGUUUCAAACUGACAACC